UAGGGGAGAAGCAGUGCAAAUUAAAACUAUAGAGAUAAGCAGUUGCUUAAAAAUGGGCAUCUCUUUAUUCUUCUUCUUCUUGUUUAUGAGAUUGUUUGCAGAGAUUAAUGGAGGGAGCCAAGAUGAUGACUGCAAGGCGUCAAGGUGCAGUCACCAUGGUCCAGUCAUCCGCUUUCCGUUCAGGCUAAAACACCAGCCAGAACACUGUGGAUAUCCGGAGUUUGAGUUAUCAUGCUCAGAAGAGAAGCGGACCAUACUAGAGCUGCCCUCUUCAGGAAAGCUCUGGGUGAAGGAAAUAAAUUACAAUUCUCAGACGAUUAUUGUUCUCUGGUACCUGCGUUAUUGCCUUCCAAGGAAGAUUCUAAACUUUAAUUUAUCUGCCUUUCCCUUCCAGUUCACAGACGAGUACGGAUGGGGGUACGCAUUAGACAUCUCCUUCUUCAAUUGUUCAGAAAGUAAAGCAGAGUCAUACGAGCUUAGGUCCAUCCCUUGCAGUUUUCUCUCAAGUAACCCAGUUUAUGUCGCUCCUUCCUCUUACUCUCUCGCUAAAGGGAACUUAUCCUCUUGCCGGAAGAUUUUCAAAGCUACACUCCCAUAUUAUUAUAUAUAUGGAGGGGAAUACGGUACUUUUAUGAAUUGGUCAAAACCUAUGUGCGGAAACUGUGAAGCAAAAGGAAACAAGUGCCAACGGAAGAAGAAUAAUAGCACGGAACCUGAAAUCGAAUGCAUUGAUAAACCAGCAAAAGGUGCUCCAAUGGAUAAAAUGGUGCUUACAGAAGCAAUCCUUGGUUUCCUUCAUUUCACUUUUGGAAUCUUUAUAAUAUUUAUUGUCUAUCGCUCUAAUAAGUUGAAAAGAGAGCAUAGAAUAAAUAUUCAAAAGUUUUUGGAAGAUUAUAGAGCUCUCAAGCCAUCAAGGUACUCCUAUGCUGAUAUUAAAAAGAUCACAAAUAAUUUCAAGGACAAACUGGGUCAAGGAGGUUAUGGGAUCGUUUAUAAAGGAAAGCUCUCAAAUGAAGUUUUUGUUGCAGUAAAGAUCCUUGAUGAUUUCAAAGGAAACGGGGAAGAUUUCAUUAAUGAAGUAGGAACAAUGAGUACCAUUGAUAACCCGACUCUUGGUAGCUUGGCAUGUAAGGGUAUCAACAAAAUUUAUACCUAACGUCCUUACACUAAA